UAAUAAGUAGACCAAAGGGGGACAACUCAAUAAUAUUAUGUUAAAAAAUUAACAAGUUAUUGAUUGGUAACAUUUUAGCGCAAUUAAUCAUAUAUUGGAAAAAACCCGUAUAUUUUGUGAUAUUCCUUAAGUCUAAAAGGUUUAUCCACAUUUAUAUAUAUUUCUUCCUUUGUUUAUUUUUCAUGUUAUAAACUACUGUUUCAGGUGGGUCAUAAGCGGCAACAACAGCGUAUCGUCUGCACCUCCUCAGUGUCAGGAAACGCCAUGGACAUGAUAGCUUCGUUAGUGAAUGGAGGCUGGGAUUUUUCGUUAGAAUCCUGGAUAAACAAUGAAACUAGCAAUUGGAUAUAUUCGCAGCUGCCAAAUCCGUACCCUAAUCUGCGGAAUGAGACUUGGAUUGAAACUGAUCUACUGUGGAGCCUUUGCUGCAAACAAUCCUGGCAAAUCCAACUAUGUGUCCCUUUGAUCAUUAUUAUUAUUCUCAUAAUAUUUAUACAUCUGAGAUAUUCAAGAAAAGGGGAAAGCUCCAGAACUUCUGCAGCAACCAAUAUUCCAGAUGUCUCCAAUUGGAGCGUUUUUGAUCUAGCCAAGACUGCCUACCAGCCUGGCCACACUGAAGCCAUUAUGAUGUUGGUGGAUCAGUUUGGAUACGAUGUGAACUACGUCAUCCCUUCUACAGGGCUCUCCCUGUUCUUGUGUACCUGCCUCAGUGGAGAGAGAGCUGCCAUUCAAUACAUGUUAAAGAAAGGAGCAGAUGUCGGGUCCACCAGUCAGGAUGGUGACACUCCUCUGUAUCUGGCUACGUUUGGAAUCCUCAACUCGGCCAUGCCUGAUGUAGCAGUCAUCAUGGAUCUUAUAGAAGCAGGUUGUGAUGUCAACAAAGCAAAUUCCCGUGGCUACACACCAUUACACAGAGCUGCCAGUAAAGGAAGUGUCCCAGUUAUAAAAUGUCUUCUCCUUUAUGGUGCUGAUCCCUACCAGGCAAGCCAGGCUGGGGUUCUCCCUAUUGGAAAUGCCAUCAAUGCUGGGAACUUGCAGGCUGCAGAAUUCCUGAAAAUCCACAUUGAUAACCCCCAUGUAUGGGAGGUGGUGGAUCCCCAUACACCCCCCAGAAUACAGCUAGGUCUUCAGAGCCCACAACGUAAACACCUGGUGGAGUCCUCUAGGCCCAACAAAACUUUCUCUAUUCUUACUUGACACAUCUCCACAUGGGAGUGUUUUGUAGUUAUGGUCUUGGCCAGCAUUGCAGAUGGGGACCUGUUUAUGGGGCACACACCUCUGGCAGAGUGCCCGGUUUUUAAGAUGUAAUGGUCUAGACCAGAAUUACAGUGAUGACCUUCGACCUCUUGCUAUGAUGUCGGCAUUGAAGACAGAAAACUGUGAACAUGAUGUCUCGUUAUAGUAUUUUCAGCAGACCUUGCUAC